AUGGGCAGCUUGUACCUCAGAGGCCUUCAGAUUCACCUUUUUUCCCAGAAAACCAUCAUUCUGUUGACAAUUUUGGUCCUUUUGUUGAAACUCAGAGAACUGCUGUAUCUCCCCCUGUAUGGGGUAACCAGGCAAAGUUGCCAGGAAAUUUUAGCAACUCAUGGACUUGCCAAGAGCAGCCUGCAGUCUUACCUUAUGAUUCUAGAAAAAAAAUUUGCAACCAAGAAUGUGGAUGCUCAGGCUACAAAAAGAACCAGGUCCCCACCUAUACCAUCUGUGUAUGAAGUUUUUCAGGAAAAUUCUCAUCUUAGUCGAAAUGACAAAAUUCAAGCUGUGCUUGAGGCAGGUGUCUGUCCACGGCUUGUGGAGCUUCUGUUGUAUGUUCCUAUUUGCUUCAUACUUCUUCAUUGUGACAUUGAUUUUAAAUUUGUUCUUGUACUCGCACUUAGGAUAGUGGGAAACAUUGUUAAUGGUGAUGAUGCCCAAACUCAGUUCUCACACAAAAUCACAAGAAAAGCAUCAAGAAAUAAGCUUGCCGAACAAUAUCAAAUAUCACUGCUGGGAGUAGAAGUCAAAUUUAGGUAUAUAUUUGAGUUAGAAAUUUGGGCACAGCUCGUUCAUCAUCAGAGGAGAGGCACAUGCACUCAUCAUAACUGUUUUCAUAUGGAACCACUCUUGUUCUGUUUUGUAAAUGGCAUUUGGGUUGUGUUCUGACCGUCUAUUUUGAUUUCCAUAA